AAUUUUGUGCCUGGUUCAGACUGGAGGUUCUUCUUGAAAUUUUUUCUCAAAUGUAACCAAAAUUGCCUAAAAAAUGCAGGAAACCCUCGAGACAUGCGUCGAUUUCAGGUUGUGGUGUCUACAACAGUCAAUGUUGAUGGCCAUGUGUUGGCAGUGUCGGACAAUAUGUUUGUACACAACAAUUCCAAGCACGGGCGGAGAGCUCGAAGACUUGAUCCCUCGGAAGGUACGCCUUCUUAUCUGGAACAUGCUACACCAUGUAUCAAAGCCAUCAGUCCAAGUGAAGGAUGGACUACAGGAGGUGCCACUGUCAUCAUCAUAGGAGACAAUUUCUUUGAUGGGUUACAGGUCAUAUUCGGCACCAUGCUGGUUUGGAGUGAGCUGAUUACUCCUCAUGCCAUCCGAGUGCAGACGCCUCCUCGACAUAUCCCAGGGGUUGUAGAAGUCACAUUGUCCUACAAGUCUAAGCAGUUCUGCAAGGGAACGCCUGGAAGAUUCAUUUACACAGCUCUGAACGAACCCACCAUUGACUACGGUUUCCAAAGGUUACAGAAGGUUAUCCCCCGGCACCCUGGUGACCCCGAACGCUUGCCAAAGGAAGUAAUACUUAARAGGGCGGCUGAUUUAGUAGAAGCACUCUACGGUAUGCCACAUAAUAACCAGGAAAUAAUCCUGAAAAGAGCCGCGGACAUCGCGGAAGCCCUCUACAGCGUUCCCCGCAACCACAACCAGCUCCCGGCCCUGGCCAACACGUCGGUCCACGCCGGGAUGAUGGGAGUGAACUCCUUCAGCGGUCAACUAGCUGUCAACGUCUCCGAAGCCUCGCAGGCCACCAAUCAGGGUUUUACUCGCAACUCGAGCAGCGUGUCACCUCAUGGGUAUGUGCCAAGCACCACCCCUCAGCAGACAAAUUAUAACUCUGUCACAACAAGCAUGAAUGGCUAUGGGAAUGCUGGAAUGUCAAAUUUAGGCGGUUCUCCAACCUUCCUGAACGGAUCUGCUGCCAAUUCUCCCUAUGCCAUUGUGCCAUCGAGUCCAACAAUGGCCUCCUCCACUAGCCUCCCCUCAAACUGUAGCAGUUCCUCUGGGAUUUUCUCCUUCUCACCAGCCAACAUGGUCUCAGCGGUGAAACAGAAGAGUGCUUUCGCGCCUGUGGUGAGACCGCAAACUUCUCCUCCUCCCACCUGCACCAGCACCAACGGCAAUAGCCUGCAAGCUAUAUCUGGCAUGAUUGUUCCCCCCAUGUGAAAGAAUUGCCUUGAAGAAUUUUAUUAAUGAAGAGGUUGAAUUCUGCUUCAGAGAGAAUCUGAUACAAGUCCCAGAGUGGAACUUUUUACUCAGGCCUUUUUA